GGGGAUAAGAUCCCGGUCCGUUGGACAGCUCCCGAGGCCAUCACCUACAGGAAGUUCUCUUCAGCCUCCGACGUCUGGAGCUACGGCAUCGUCAUGUGGGAAGUGAUGUCGUACGGGGAGAGACCUUACUGGGAGAUGUCCAAUCAGGAUGUGAUCCUGUCUAUAGAGGAGGGUUACCGUCUCCCUGUCCCCAUGGACUGUCCUGGGGUUCUGCACCAGUUGAUGCUUCACUGCUGGCAGAAGGAGAGAGGGCAGAGACCUCACUUCAACAGCCUGGUCUCCUUCCUGGAUAAACUCAUCAGGAACCCCACUAGUCUACUGACACUGGUGGACAACAG